UCCCUUUCCGAGGUGACUCGAAGAUUUCCCACAGGUGUUCUACACCCAAUCUUAGGGCCCGCAGUUGGACACAAAGGAUGUUCCUGUGGCACAUGACGGUUUGCAGAGCACACAGUAACACGUACAGUUAGGAAAAAGGAUGUUGCACCAUCUAUAUAUCGAGAUAUAGGCCUCUUCUAGAUAUCCGAAUGUGUCAUCAAGAGAGACCCUCACCUGUGUAUUUAUAACGGUGUAUCGUGUCACAUAGGAGACACUUCCUCGUCCAAGAUCGCGUCAUACCUGUUUGCUUCACUCCGGUUAGAUAUACUUCCUUUUUCGUUGUCUCUUCAGGUGAAGGGCUGUAUGGUGUUUGUCAUACACCACGUGAAGAUUCUCUAAGAAGCGCGAAAAUCUGCCUGCAGUGUCCACAGUACCAGACACGUGUUGAGUACCCGUAACACUCUACCAUGUUUAACGGCGCCACCUGAAAACCACAGACUUCAGGAACAGCAGAAGAAAUCAUUUCUGUCGGAUUAGCAACAACCCAUCUUUACCCCCCACCCCGACUUCCAAGUCCGACAUUUUCGUUCAGAUGGACACGACGGACGCCCCUGACCAAGACACCUGCUGUCAGCUGUGGAAGCAGUCUCAGGAGGAGCUGGUCCAGCUGAUGCUCAAGCUGAAGGAGAUCGCCCACAAGUUCGACAUCGAGACCACCAGGUGUCUCACUGGCGGAGGUCAGGGUGCGUGCAUCGUGCUCGAGAAUGGAGGCACCUCAACGUUAAGCCUGAAGAAAGUCAUGGACGAUCUGGACAACAGCGUGGACAACCUGCAGAAAGAAGUGUACAGACAUUUAUUCCACGCACACAGCAGUGUGCCGCUGCGACGUCAAAGAGGCCGAACAGAGAAUGACAGAGACAGUGCGUAUCACAGCGCAAAUAUCAUGCCUCCAGUCCCAGAGACAGGUGACGAAGAUAAAUGUGGAGAGGAGAGUCAGCCUUUUGAACACGAUGAGAGUGGUAAUGCUUAGAGGCAGAGUGCAUCAGACAGCUUCUGAUCACUCAACUGGCCUCUGAACAUUUCAAGAGAAUAAUGAUCCGCAAAGGGAGAGCCAUUCUGGGGAAAAAAUUCGCCUGUCCUCAGUUUGAGCAUAUGAGACGUGAGCAGUAAAGAAGUUUGAUAAAAUCUACGGGCUUACGACGUGAUUGACACGUGUACGUCGUCGGCCGACGCUUGCCGAGGAACAAUGAAUCAUGGCGAAACACGUCUUUCCAUGUGGAAACGCAGACUAAUGGCUCUGCUAACUCCAAAUAGUCACUCUGGAAUAUCAUCUUCAAUCAAAGAAUAAUAGUAUUUUCAACAGACAUGGGUUCCUUCCCUCUUCCCGUCCAGCUGGUUAUUUUGGGGACAAAAUACGUUAACCAGUCAUUUAUUUUUCUUCGUCCUCACGCAGCUAGCUCACAAGCUUCAAGGUUCUUGGACGUCUGGUACCCUGAACUUGCUUGUUAAAAGUAAGCUACAGUAGCUUGAGAUAAAAUGAAAUGAUGUAAGCACAAAACUUUUAGAGACGGCUUGAGACCCAGGUCUAAACUUCAGAACUUUGCUCCAAAAUGUGCUGAUCGUUGAUCCGUUGGGCGGACGCACUAAACUAUUUGUUCCUGUGAUCCAGUUUUCUGUAAUCAAACUGCUCACGUCAUUCAAGCGAUCCUUUAUCGUAUCGUAAUGGAGAACUGCCAGAGGAAUACGAGAAAAAAAUCUGCUGUAAAUUCGUAACUGAAGAGAUGGUAUACAGGGUUCCAGUCUUAGUAUUUGCCCCUUGCUGAAGUGUUUUUAAUUUCUUUUUCAAAUUAAGAACACAUUCCACGCUGCUUUGCUACGUGUGUUGAGACAUUUCAUAAGGUAUUUAUGAUGUCUUCGGUGAUGUUAUUAAUGUUUAAUGAGAUAAAGUAUAUUUUUCUACCGAAAUAAUUUCGGAAUCUUUCAUAUUCACAAGAGCUUUACUGCAACCUGGUGUUGAACAUAAUUAUGUUUUCAGAGGUCCUAUUAAUUAAUGGCUUUCUUAAAUAUGUUUUACUUCCUGUUUAUUUUCUAAAGCCUUUACACUUACGGAAUCUGAACUACACCCGGUGUGGGACACGCGUCUGAAUUUAAACGUAACCAUCUCAUCAGUGAUAGUAUUAAGGGCUAAUUACUAUUAAUUAUCUUCCGUAUAUUUUUCGAGUUAUAUAUUUUCUUAACCCUUUACAUAUUCAAAUUACAGACAAUCUAUGCAUUUAAGAUUCUGCGACCAUAAAAAGCUUUAUUUUGCUUUCACUUCCAAAAAUUAAAAAGUUAUUUUAGAUCAUAGCCCAGAACAUUUCUUGUUUACCUAUUAAUCAUCGACACAACAUAAGCAUCCUUCCCUACCCACCGCUUUCCCCUUUCCCACAAACACCUACUAUAUAUAUAAAGAAGGGGUGGUGUGUGUUAAAUAUAUUUUGUCAGGUUGCUAAAAAAAAGGUGUACAGUUUUAAUAUCUUGCAUUUUGAAAAAAAAAUUGGAAUACAUAGCGUGGCUGUACAAGAUUUUGGUCUCGAUGGUGGUCGUUAUCAACUAUGCAAAUAAAAAUGUUGACAGAUGGCUUUUGAAUGGCACAUUUGGUCCACCCGAUAGACGGUGUGGUUCUGAAUACUGUAUUAAAUAAUUCUAUGAUCCUUGUGGAAAUGUUUUUGCGGGAUUUCAAAUGAUACACUAGUGGCUGUGAUGACUUCUUAUGAUGUCGAUAUUGGAUGAAAUUUUUCUGUCUUGUACUGGCAGUUUAUGUGCGUGUCAAUGUGUGUGAGAGUGCGCACGUGCAUGUGCGAGUUGGAGAGAGAAAGAAAGAAAUGGAGGUGUUUGUGUAUUCGAGUAUGGAAAUCUGAGGACAUGAUAUGUGUGUGUGUGUGCUCCAUCCCUUCCCAUGACACGAAAUCGUCUACCAAGUAAUUAAUACUUAAGAUUACCCGCCCAUACCAGUCUAAUUUUUGAAAUAGUUUAAUUGUGCCACUACACCAGUGUAACAGUAACUGUACCCUUUGUCUUACGCAUGUUCCGCUCUGUUACCUUUUGCUCUCGAAAGUAACUUGGGGCCGAAUGCAUGAAGAGAAACAAUAACCAAAGUCUGGGACUAUGCAAAGUGUCCUAAGACAGAGCGUUGUCCCUGUUGGUUGAAGUCCGGGAAGACAGAAAACUUGGUCUGACUUUGGACAAACAACAAACAACAAACAACGUGUCUAGCAGGAUGUCUUGUCUUUCAGGUUAAACAUUUCAGGGUGAACUGCCUACUUUGUGAUGUUUUCUCCUUUACUUUUACACUGACGCAGUCAACGUGAAUAAAGUUUAACACCUUGGUCA